UCCCCCUUCUCUUUGUACCUUGUUGACCCAAGAACAGAAAGAUAACACAGAGAACAAAAUCCCACCUCCAGAAAUUACUUACCACCAAACCGAAGCCGAAAAUCCAGGUUCUACUAAAGCUUUUUCCAUAUUAUGAUGCAUAUGUGUAUAUCGAAUCAAUGCCUAUUUGUCUGGAUUUAGCUGUGUUUGUCUACUCUAGAAGAGUCUACUGAUUCUCCUGAUGUUGUUGCCAAUCGAAAGGGAUGCAUCUCUGACUUUGGAACCCUGCAUUAUUCUCUUCUUUUGCUAAUUUUUGUAUAAUUUGAGUCAAUGGAUGAACCUGUGGAAGGAUGCCAAUAUUCUAGGUCAGUUAAUUUGUUCGGCUUUGACCAAAUAUUGGUUCCUUCUCCAUCUGAUCACAACUUAUUAAAUGGACUCGAAUUCAGUGACCUAAUUCCAAAUCUUCCUCGUCAGACUAAUUUAGCUCCAUCUACCGGCAAGCUGUCGGACGAGAACAAUGUAAACGAAGCUGUACUCAAUUACAUAACCGAGAUGCUUAUGGAAGAUGAAGAUGAUGACUGGGAAAACCGGCCCGGUUUGAUUCAGGACAGCUUGGCUCUCCAAGCUGCCGAGAAAUCCUUUUACGAUGUCCUUCAUAACCCACAGAUUAUAUGUGAGGACGCCGAGAGCCCGGAUGAUGAUUUCACUAGGCCCAGCAGUAGUCUAAGUUUUGAUAGUUGUGUGUCUGUUGACAAAAUUGUUGAUUCCAACUCGAUUGGUGAUCGAAAUAAGCUUGGAUUUUCUCGUGUUGAUCGCGACUCGGACUACGUUAUUCAGUCUGAUUGGAUAUCGUUUGGUUCUUCUAGUGUUUUUCAUGGGACAGUGGACUCUCUUGUUAGUUCGUUUCAGGUUUUAGAUCCGUCUAAGGUGAGCCAAGCCAACUCCCAGUUUACACUCAUAUUCUCAAAGGAAGAACAUGAGAUUUACAUCUUAGAGCAAAAUGAAAAGACACUGGCCGAGGCUGAGAAGAAUUCUGGGGAACACUUAGUGUCUCGAUUGAGGGGAACGAAAAACCACUACGAUGAGGAUGGUGAUUAUUGGGAAGUGGGCCGGAGUAACAAGCAGUUGGCCAGUUAUGAUAGAGACUCCAAUGAGCAAUCCGGGAUGUAUGAGGUGUUGCUUUGUCCUGCAUUGAAUCCUCAUCUGCACAAGGAGGAGUCUUCAGCCAGUAUCGUUUAUGAAGCCUCACGCAAUGGAUUGGGUGGGAAGUUGCAGAAGAAUGUGCAGUCAAAAGGACCAAGAGGAGGAAAGGCACGAUGUAAGAAACAAGGCAAGAGAAGGGAAGUGGUUGAUCUGAUGACUCUCUUAACUCAAUGUGCACAAGCUGUGGCGAGAAUUGAUAGCACAACUGCUAAUGAACUGCUGAAGCAGAUCCGCCAACACUCUUCUCCUAAUGGCAAUGGUACUGAAAGAACAGCCCAUUACUUAGCAGAUGCCCUUGAGGCGCGCCUCGCUGGCACCGGGAGAGCAUUGGAUUCAUCGCUUUUGACCAAGAGGCCAACAGCUGCUGAAUCCCUAACAGCUUACGUGGCAUUUGUUAAAGCAAGCCCUUUCGGAAAGAUGUUGAAUUUCUUCGCAAACAAGAUGAUUUGGAAACUUACUGAGAAAGCAACACGGCUUCACAUAAUUGAUUUUGGAAUCGAACAUGGCUUUCAAUGGCCGGGCCUUUUUCAGCAUCUCUCUCUGAGACCCGGUGGGCCUCCUACUGUUCGUCUUACUGGAAUAGACUUUCCCCUGCCUGGUUUUCGGCCUGCAGAAAGGGUUGAGGAGACUGGACGUCGUUUGGCCUAUUAUUGUGAGAGAUUUAAUGUCCCAUUUGAGUUCAAUGGUGUGGCAAAGAAAUGGGAUACUAUUAGACUUGAUGAUCUCAAGCUUCAGAGAGAUGAGGUGCUUGUUGUCAAUUGUGUGAACCGCUUGAGGUACGUGUCUGAUGAGACAGUAGAUGGGGACAGCCCAAGGGAUGCAGUUCUGAAAUUAAUCAAGAGGAUUUAUCCGGCUUUGUUCAUCCAUGGCAUUGUUAAUGGGUCAUACAGUGCCCCCUUUUUCGUCACACGUUUUCGAGAGGUUCUUUUCCAAUCAUAUUCAGCAUUUGAUAUGUUUGAUGCUAUUUUACCGCGUGAUGAUCAGGGUAGGAUGCUAUUUGAAAGAGAUGUCAUUGGGAGGGGUGCAAUGAGUGUUGUCUCUUGUGAGGGUACUGAAAGGAUAAUAAGGCCAGAGACAUUUAGGCAGUGGUCAAUUCGGAAUACAAAGGCUGGGCUCAAGCAACUCCCACUGGACCAUGAGAUAGUUAAGGAUGUGAGGGCUAAAGUCAAGUUGGGUUACCAUGAGGAUUUUUUGGUGGACGAGGACAUCAACUGGAUGCUGCAGGGAUGGAAGGGGCGAAUCUUAAAUGCCAUCUCCUGUUGGAAACCUUUACUGACAGGCAACUUGUACGUGUUCUCUUCAAUAUUGUUAGUUUCUUGCUAUGUUGCACCGACACCUCUAGAGGUCGAGGCCACUGAUGUAGAGCUAUGUCUCAACACAUUUGGUGGUCGAAAUCCCCUCAGUAAUGCUUCGUACACAUUCACCGACCACGUGUACAGAUUUGAUCACAUCCUUCUUACACACACGUGGAUCCCACAUAUGGACCUACAUGGUGGGGCCCACGUGUAUGUAUGUGAGAAGGGUGUGAUCGGAUCUGGAAGUGGUAGAUGGAUGUGUAUGCAAGAGGAGUUUGAUUGGAUUUGUGAUCGAUACGAUGAUUCCACGAAGAUGCGUCUCACAUGGCUCCUUGUAGAGCAAGUUUUUGUGGUGUCCAAAUGCAACCUCGUUAGUACUGCUUUAGAGACAAAUCUCCUCUUCAACGGGCAUGAUUCUCGUGCUUUGCAUGAGGCCGGACCUAGUUACAGAGACAAAUUUGAUUGUAAUCAUGCUGUCGAUGAUUGUCAAUUUAAUCCUGUUUUUCUUACCUAUAAUCCACACACCGCGAAGAGUGCUGCUAUGUCUCAAGACCUGUCUGCGACGGACCACCGGCAGGAGUGGGUGAAACUGACCGGUCGUUGCAGUAGCCGUUUCCUUGUCCAAGGGCAUGAAUAUUUGGGUCCAAUGAACGGGUGCAAAUUGGACCGCAAGUUGAUUCCAUGCUUUCCAAAACAAGCUCUUGCGAAUGGAUUCAAAUCGAGUUAUCCGAUUUCAGAUCCCCAAGAGUAUGGUAACCUGUCCAACGGUUGGAACCCUAGUGAUACGGAUCAGUCUUCGGGCCCGAGCGCGGGUUUGGAUACUCCAGAUGAUGCCGUCCUCAAGUACAUAAGCCAGAUGCUUAUGGAAGAGGAGGAUUUGGAGCAUAAGCCUUGCAUGAAACAGGAUUGCUUGGCUCUCCAAGCUGCUGAGAAACCAUUCUAUGAUGUCCUCGGCCAAGAAUACCCCCCUUCUCUUGAAAAUCAACGCCCUUUUGAUCGAAAUGCCGAUAGCCCAAUUGACAGCUUCACUAGAUCUUCCGGAAGUUACAGUAGUAACAGUUUGGCUGCUGCCAACAACUUCAUUGAGUCCAAUUGGUUUCGUGAUCAAUACAAAUUCCAAUCCUCUUUUACCCCGUCUUCUCAUGUUGAUCACGACUUUGAUUCAUUUUUGCACUCAUUUGGCUCAUCAAACAACUUUUCAGAUGCUGUAUUUAGGCCAUUAGUGGAUUCUCUUGUUAGUCCACCUCAUGUUGGGGUUUCUCUUGUUACUGAGAGCCAAAUUUUCUCCCAAUUCGGAAGCAGAGAUCUGAAGUUUAGCCGAAGUUUGGAAUAUAAAGAUAGUAAUGCUGAUGCGGAGCUAAAUGAGAGGGACCAUUCACCAACUGGAUCGAGGGGAAAGAAGAAUCAUGACCGAGAGGAUAGUGGUGAUGCGGAAGGUGAGCGUAGUAACAAGCAGUUGGCAAGUUAUUCGGACGAGUCUGAUGCGGAAUUGGAAAUGUUUGAUAAGGUGUUGCUUUGUCCUGCUUUGAAUCCUCAUUUGCACGACUCUGCAGAAUGUCCCUUCAAGCAUCAUGACUCCCCGUUAUGCCCUGAGGAUGGUGCCUUGAAAAAUGGCACGUCGAAAAGAUCGCAUGGAGGAAGGCCACGCGGUAAGAAACAAAGCGACCAAAAGGAAAUGGUGGAUUUGAGGACUCUCCUAACUCAAUGUGCACAAGCUGUUUCCAGCAACAAUUCCAGAACUGCUAAUGAACUGCUUCACCGGAUUAGGCAACACUCUUCUCCUCACGGUGAUGGUGUCGAAAGAUUGGCCCAUUUCUUUGCAAAUGCUCUUGAGACACGUUUGGCUGGUGCUGGGACCGCAUUAUACACAGCUUUUCCUUCUGCAGGAAUAUCUGCGGCUGAUGUCUUGAAAGGCUACCAAGUAUAUAUUAAAGCUUGCCCUUUCAAGUUGCUUUCAAAUUACUUUGCGAAUAAAUCUAUUGGGAAAUUAUCGGAGAAAGCAACGAGGCUUCAUAUAAUCGAUUUUGGUAUACUAUACGGCUUCCAGUGGCCCUGCCUUAUCCAGCGUCUAUCUGUCAGACCUGGAGGGCCCCCUAAGCUUCGCAUCACCGGAAUAGAACUUCCCCAACCGGGUUUCCGUCCGGCGGAAAGGGUUGAGGAGACAGGUCGUCGGUUGGAAAAGUAUUGCACGAGAUUUGGAGUCCCAUUUGAGUACCACGCCAUAGCAAAGAAAUUGGAAACCAUCCAACUUGAGGAUCUAAAGGUUGACAAAGAUGAAGUUCUUGUUGUGAAUUGCUUGUUCCGGUUAAGAAAUGUUCCUGAUGACACGGUAGUGGUGAGCAGUCCGCGAGACAAGGUUCUAAACCUAAUCAAGAGGCUUAAUCCAGAUUUAUUUGUGCACGGUGUUCUAAACGGGACACAUAAUGCUCCCUUUUUUGUCACGCGUUUCAAGGAGGCGCUCUUCCACUUCUCUGCACUGUUUGAUAUGUUCGACGCCACUGUGCCGCGCGAUGAUCAAUAUCGGAUGAUGUAUGAGAAGGAGUUGCUUGGGAGGGAUGCGAUGAACGUGAUAGCGUGUGAGGGUACCAAGAGGGUUGAUAGGCCCGAAACAUACAAGCAGUGGCAAGCUAGGAAUGUGAGGGCAGGGUUUCGGCAGCUUCCGCUUGACCGGGAGAUUAUGGAGGAUGUGAGGGGUUAUGUAGGGAGGGCUCAUAAUAAGGAUUUUGUUGUGGAUGAGGAUAGCAACUGGAUGCUGCAGGGUUGGAAGGGGAGGAUUAUCUAUGCUACAUCCUGUUGGAAGCCUACUAAGGAGUUCUAGUAGUGUAGUUGUAUUUCUUAGAAUCAAUGGUAUUGUUGUAAAAUUGUUUUUUGAAUUUCUUUCGGGUAUUCUUUGUGAUUUUCUUGUUGCACAGAGGCUAGAGUGGUUAUCUUUCCUUCCGUCUUCGGUUGUAAAUGCCGAUAUCCCACAUGGCUUCAUACCUGCCAGAUUGUAGCUUUUCUUCCAUUUAUGUAAUUUUUUUUCUUAAAGCAUUGUGAGAACUUUUCUUCGAUGGAAUUAUUGUGUUGUGAUUCA